AUGAUGAAUUACGACGAGAACGCAGACGCCCCUGGGAGUCAGAAAGAGAGCCCUCCCAAUAGUACAGGAAGAAAUAGAAUGUACGAAAAAGGAAUAGAUGUGAACGAACCCGAAGUGUAUGAUGCAAAUGAAGACAACACGAAAAACAAAGGUGUUUGGUAUAAUGCCAGAACGAAAUGUUGGCUAGCUUGUGUUAAAGGGAGUGGAAGACACCUACGUGUUUUUUCUGUAAAGAAACAUGGAUUUAAGAGAGCGAGAAUGCUAGCCGUUGAGUGUAAAAAUUCAACCGUCAUUAAUUUUAACCCCUUGGCGAACGGGUCCGCAAAUGGGGAACCCAACGGGGAAGCUAACGGAGCGACUAGUCAAGCUGACCACCCCACGCGCAGUAACGGAAAGGGCGCAGAGCCCUCUCACGCGCAAAACAAUGGUGUGUAUGCAAAACUUAAAAAUGAGCCAAGCAACCAUGUCAGUGGAAGAACCAGGGCAUACAGCUAUAAUGAAGCAGGUCGAACUGAUCACUCAAAACUGGAAGCACAAGAGUCCAUGGAUGUAGGAAGUUUGGCCACCAUGAAUAGCGAAAAUGCUAGCGGAGUUACAAAUGCUAGCAUUAGCGCAAGUGCGAGUGCGAAUGGAGUGGAAGAAGGACCUGAUAGAAAAAGGCGUUACAAUACAAGAAGGGGGAAUAAUAAAUCUGUGGACGAGUUAAAUAAGAAGGAGGAAAAAAAUGAGACUAACGAAGAACAUGCUUCUUUUUACAAAGAGAGCAAUAAUUGUAGUAUCAGUCCACCUACUUCUAGAGGAUACAAUAUGAGGGGACAUUAUAAUACCAAGGGAAAUUUAAAUCUAAAGGGGAGUAGCGUCACUAAGGGAAGCAAUUACAAUACUGUGAAGAAUAAUAGCAGCAUCUCGAAAGGGAAUGGUGGAAGCCCCAAGGGAGGAAGUAAUAACCUUAGGGGGUUAACCAUAUCCAAGGCUUCCCAAGCUAAGACUAAUAUCACCAGGAGCGCAGGAAGCAACAACACUUUCAAAGGGCACCAGCCAAACGGACAUACCCUUCAUCACACGGAGAGCUCGAGUUACACUCUGACCACUCGGAGUAGCCGUAACUACCAUGCGGCAACGGAUAGGUACAGCAGCAACAGCUUAACUACUGAUGAGGUGAAGUCUUACAAAGAAGACAGGAACCAGUCGAUGCAGACCCAAAAUGGGAAACGACAAAGGGACACCCUUGUGGAGACACUAGACAGUUACCAAGGGGAUAACAGAAAGAAGAAAAAAACUGCAAAGGAUAAGUUCAGUUAUCUGGUUAGGAAAGACAAGGGUGGUGGUGUCAGUGGUGGUGUUAACGGUGGCGCCAAUGGUGGUGUUAACGGUGGCGCCAAUGGUAGUGCCAAUGGUGAUGGAAAUGGUGGCGGUAGUGCUGAUGGCAAUGGCGAUGGUAAUGGGGGCGUUAGUGGUGGUGACCCCGCUGCUAUUUCCUCUGCGGCCUACCACGAGAGUAGUAACCAUAAUGACCACAACAGCGCAAGCAGUCAUGCCACCCACAACACGCAGAACGCGCAGAACGCGCAAAACGCACACAACGCGCAAAACGCGCAAAGCACACAGAACACACGCAACACGCACAACACGCACAACACGCGGAACACCCGCAACAGCAGUGUGCACACUGUGCAGUUUGCUCAGAAGGGGCAAAACGGGCAGGGUGAGAAAAGCAGCCACGAUGAUUUCCAAAAUAUGCAGAGCUUGAAUACCCGCUCCAGCACCACACAGAACUACCGGCAUGGCACUCAGAAUGAGAGUUACAACAACGGUUAUGAUAGCGGCUAUCACAGUGCUUACCAUAGCGGCCAGGCGAAUCAGCAAAACACCCCAAGCGGGCUUACCUACCACAACACCCGCUCAAGCCACAACACGCGAUCGAGUAACAACUCUCGAUCGAAUAUCAACUCUCGAUCAAAUAACAACUAUCGAUCGAAUAACAACACUCGAUCGAAUAACAACUCACGAUCCAGUAACAACACGCGAUCGAAUAACAACUCUCGAUCCAGUAACAACACGUGUAUCAUAACGGACAAAGAUUUUCACGUUGAUUCCCCCGAACAAACCAACGAGGAUUUCUACUUAAUAAAGCCUAUGAACUAUGACUACAGCGAUAACAACGUGUGCAAACAACGAAGUAGCAAGCCGACCAACAACGAAAGAGAAUAUAAUUUCAUUUUUUCGAACGAUUGUUACUCUGAUUAUUGUAGCCAGAACAGAGAUGAAUAUAAGGCAAACUUUAUUGACCUUACAAGGGAAGCCUUGUCAUUAAUUUUGCAGGAUUUAAAAAAAAACGUCAUCCCCAAAAUACCCGUUGGGAUAGAGAAAAGGGAGAGGUACACCAAUUCAUUACGCCUGUGUUUGAAAAGUGCCAAGUUUACCAAGCACAUCAACGAACUGGAGCCCUACCUGGAGUUAUUUAGCGAGUGUAUAAAGAACAGUAAGCUGCCAAGUCACAUGGAUUUGAAGGACCAGCUGUUUUAUCUCGACAAACUGUGA